UAGAUAAUACAGCGAUAGUAUGAAGAACGGCCUCAACUUAGUCGGUUUUAUGAGUUUCAAUUUUUUGCGUAAUUACAAAAUAUUAAGUGCAUCUCUACGUCCGUAAUUAGUAGAUUUCACGAUGAGCUUAAAAGAUAGGGAUACCAUCGAGGAGGACGAUCUAACGUUCAGAAUAGAGAACGACAUUUUGAUCGGAAAGGAAGUAGCGAUUCACAAGGAUUGCACGAAUGUCGGUGCGUUGGUGUUGGAGAAGAUGCGAAGCCGACCGGAAUUCGUCGCGCAAGUGGAGGCGGUUACCGGCGCGGAGACCACUUUUGCAGAAAUGACGGAGAAAAGCGUGAAAUGCGCGCUUUGGUUGAGAGAGCAGGCCGUUCAACCGGGCGACAUAAUCGGCAUUUGCACUCACAAUCACUUGGAAUCAUACGUACCGCUGCUGGCGGCACUCUACGUCGGCGCCAUUAGCAAUCCGUGGGACAAUGAACUUUCCCCAACAACCGCGCGUUACUUCCUCUCGCUGACGAGACCGAGAAUAGUAUUUGUGGACGCCCCCUCGGCCGAGUGCUUGGCGCAGGUCGUCAAAGAAGACGAUCUAAACACCAGGCUGGUGGUGUUUGGCGAACUGGCGGGAUUCGAGGGCGCGUCUCUGAUGAGUGUGCUGCGUUCUCAGGACGCCGCGGGGAUCGAUAGAUUCGAAUGCGCGAGGCUGACCAGCCCCGAUCAGGUCGCGACGAUCGUUUGCUCGUCGGGCACGAGCGGCCUUCCGAAGGGCACCGAGAUCAGCCACGCGUCCAUGAUCAAUUACAUGGCUCACGUCAAGAUCCAUGACCUUAAAGGACACGUGUCCAUGUGGACACCUUCCAUGCGCUGGUACUGCGGUCUAUUCAUCAUUAUCAAGGCUAUUCUUGAUUGCUCGAAGAGAGUCAUAAUUCCGGACUGCGACAACGACGAGGAGAUGUGUCGCUUCAUCGAGAAGUACGAGGUAUCCUGGUUUAGAUGCGAUUCCUGCUUCCCCAUUCGGCUGGUAAAGUUCGACAUAUUAAGCAAGUACCGACUACCAACAUUGAAAAUCCUUUUGUUUGGCGGCGCGCAUUUCCGGGGAGAGUUGCAGCAGACUCUGGUGAAACUUUUGCCGCAUACCAGUGUCAUACUGAGCUACGGAAUGACAGAUUACGGUGGAUUAUGCGCCCGUCAGACGAGACGCAGUAAACCAGGCAGUUGUGGAUUUGUGUGUGAAACAGGACGGUUGAAAGUGGUCGAUCCCGACACGGGAAAGAUCUUGGGGGUCAACAAAACCGGAGAAAUAUGGGCCAAAUCGUCAUACAUGAUGAAUGGAUAUUACAACAAUCCCGAGGCUACAAAGAACGCUCUCGAUUCGGACGGAUGGUUGCAUACUGGCGAUCUUGGUUAUUACGACGACGACGGUGAAAUCUUUCUCGUUGAUAGAAUAUCAGAAUUCAUCAACUACAGAGCCAUCAAGAUAUCGCCUGCGGAAAUCGAAGCCUUGAUUCAACAACAUCCCGCAGUCCUCGAAGUCGCGGUGGUGGCAGUGCCACAUGCCGUCGAAGAGGAACACGCUAUGGCUUUUAUCGCCAAAGUGCCUGGCAAAGAAACGACGGAGCUCGACAUAACCGACUUGGUGAAGCGGAACAUGCCAUGGUACUGCAGAUUGCAUGCGGGAGUUAAAUUCAUGCAAAGGCUUCCUCGCACGGCCACGGGGAAGAUCGCUAAGAAGGAGCUCAAGCAGAUCGCUAAAAGCUACGCGAUGAAUUAAAAUGUCAUUACAAUUGUUUAUUUCACAUAUUUAUGUAACAUAUAUAUUGUUCUAUUAAUCGUUUCGUAGUAGUAGUUAUGUUUCUUCAGUAUUCCAUUUAUUUAAAAAUUUUUAAUCUUUCUACACAACGUUCUACAGUAUAUAACAUAAUAAUAUGCAAUGUAGUGCAUAAUGUAAAAAUUCUCUCUAUGUACAUCUCUUGUUUUUAAUAAAUUAAUUUAAUGGAACCAAUGUGUUAUAGAGAAUCACACUUUAUCAAAUUUAUAGAGCGAAGUAUCGUUUUAUCGCGUACUCGUGGCUCAUGCGUAUUUGUUAGGUGAUUAUCGAUGAAAUAUGAUAUUACGAUAGUGUUCUGAUACUUUGGGAUCGCUACACAUAGAUUUAUGAUAAACCAAUUAAUAAAGCAAUAUCGGAUAAACGAUUUCAAUAGAAAUAAACGAUUGCCUAUAGGUGAUAUAAAUUGACUGCUAUUCAUCAUAUAUUGUAAGCAUAUAAAACGCUAUCGACAAAUAAGGAUAAUUAAAAUAGAAUAAAACUUGAAAAA